AUGAUUACGAAGUUUAUACUAAUCGGGGCCGGUGUUGCAGUAGCCAUUGCAUUCGGUCUUGGUAUCAUUAUUGGUCAUUUUGCGAUAAAAAAGACAACAAGUAGUACAACAGGAAAGUAUGACUAUCUCACACGUGACGCAGAUCAACAAAAUUAUCAAACUUUUAUUUCUUCUAUGCAAUCAACAAAUAUUGAAGCGAAUCUCAAAGUCACUCUUACUAAUGGUUCUGGUAGUAUUAUUAUUCAAACAAGUGGUACUGAACAGGUCUAUGAUACAACACAACCAAAAAAAGUUAAUCUAUUUCUUGCAUAUACACCUAAUGGUACUGUUUCAAGUACUAAGUUAUAUUAUGGUAACUAUGGUCAACUUGAAGAUAUUCAACGUUUGGCAUCGAUUGUUGGAAAUGCUAGUUUACAAGGUAGUAUUAUUAUUAUGAGAUAUGGUAAAAUAUUUCGAGGAGAUAAAAUAAUGCAUGCUCAAUAUUAUGGAGCAGUUGGUGCAAUAUUGUAUAAUGAUCCAAUUGAUUAUGCUCCAUAUGGAACAUCAGCAGAUCAAGUAUAUGAUCAAAAAUGGUAUAUGCCACCAAGUGGUACACAACUAGGAACUACAUAUACUUCGAAUGGUGAUCCUUUGACACCUAUUUAUCCUUCGACAGAGUAUAUGUACAGAAUAGAUGAAGAAGAAGUGAGCGCUAUACCGAAAAUUCCUGCUCAAGCGAUUGGUUACAGUGAAGCACAAGUGAUACUUCAAUAUUUACAAGGUGAUAAUGUACCAACAUACUGGAGUGGGACAUUGCCAAGUGUAGUUUAUCGUUAUGGUGGAAUACUUCGAAAUUUAGCUAAAAUAGAAGUCUGA